ACUCUUUCUURUUUAGAAUUGUUUAUAACGACUCCAACUACAAGUGUUCUAAACAGUUGGGUGUUACGGGGUCCAAUGCUAUGCGGCUUAUUAACCCAUUGCUAGCUGUGUCAAGUUACGUUACAUGGAUGACCCAAACACUUUUCUGGAGUUUAGURCAGUUUAACGUUUUCAGCUUCUUCUCGCGAAAAUCACAAGUUUUUGCUGCCGAUGCAUCAACUGACAAGAAUUAUUGUACAGCCAGUAUAAACUAUUACAAGGCAAAYGUCAUGAACAAUCCUUACACAAAGAAAUCUGUUUGCAAGGAUGAUUGUCUGGGAGAUUUCUAUGUUGCGCCUGUAUUUAAAAGUAAUCUUCGUUUGGUAAUACAGAAAAAAUGUGGCUGUGAAGCCAAGAAACAAACAGAAUGGAACAAGAAGCUGGAGGUUGAAUCKAGUUUUAUAACUCCAACUUCUCAUUAUCGCAAGCUACCACAGCUAAAAUGUUAUGCUUACAGUGACGAGGAGUCAAAAGAGUGUGGAUCAGGAUGCAGCCUGUCACCCAUCAAACUACUUAUAAUAGGACUAACGCUGGUCUAUUCACUGCUGGCUCAUUAAUUCUAGACGUGUAGAUGUCGUAGAUGGAACAGUCACACCCAUUGCUGCCUCGUGCCCAGACCAUACCCGAGGACYACAGGAAAACCAUCCAUGGUUUUGUUGAAUUCCAUUGCAAUAUGCGCAACAUAGAAUACAAUCGUGAACAAUUAGUGUGGGUCUUCCCUUGUAAAGGAACUCACUAAAGCUAAAUUUUACAAAAUUAUUUGCACAAAACGAUUAAAUUAUUGUCAAUUAUUGAAAGCAAAAGCACGCGACUUGACGCAUUGUAGUAUUGAAAAAAAAUCAGCCUUUUUGUCUUUUAAAAUUACAUUUAAAAGUAUUUCAAGUUUGCUUSGCGGAGUAAUAUGAAURUUUUAAACUUCGUGAUGUUUGGAAAGAUGAUGAUGACGUAGUGAAAUGAAAUGUGAUCACGGACAUCAGAAUGAGUUUGAAAAUAAGGAAUCAUUGUAUAUAUUGUACUUUAAAAAAUUCCARCAAAGCUUUCCACAGAAACUCCACCAGGGUCGAAAAUCUACAACCGAYAAUAACUAGGGUAAAAUAGAGCCGACGCACUAAAUCCGUGAAACUUAAAUAGUACAAAAUAGUAAUAACUAAUAAUUCCUUCGUUUUCUAGAGUGAUUGCACUGUGCAACUGUACAAAAUCCUAAGUAGUACUAAAUUGUACGCGAUUUGUAGUGUGAUCACUCUAUUGUCUCUAAACAAUUAAGUAGUAAUUAGUACUAUGAUUUGUUUCACGUGUGCCCUCUAUAAUUGUACAAAAAGUUAUUUAGUUAGAUCUUACAUUUUGUAUAACGCACCAACCAUAAAGAAUCUCUAAGGACUCUAAGUAGAAUUAUUACCCUGUUGAAGUCUUUCUUGUAUAGAAAAGAAAUUUAGUACUGGUUCUUAAAUUCUUCUGUGGUUACGCUUCUCUUUUUGACAACCGUCAUUGACGAAUAGUUAGCCGGAGUUUUUCUCUGUCAUUGUGAUUAUGUAGGGGUAUUUAUUGAACUAAUGACCAGAACAAGGCCGUUACUUGUAAUAUCGUAUAUAAAACGUCUGUACUGAUACUCUUCUAAUACAAUCAUUAAUUGUUUACAUAACUUUUAAAUAAAUAAUCUUAUCAAUUCUA